UCCGGAUCAUUCUCUGCAAUACUCUCCCUUUUCUCUUGGUCUGGUUUGGUUUCCUCUUUAACUCCAUUAACAGAGCUUGUUCUAACUUGCAGGGUUUUGGGCAUCAUUCUAGUUUCAAUUUGGGGCUUUCAAUAAACAUGUCUUCCGUGGGUACUUCAAAGGGUAUUCUUGAAAUUGCCAAGUUCGGUCUCUACGUCUCUGUUCCGAUCGUUCUCAUGUACGCUUUCGCCAACAACAGUAAAAAUAUCAAGAAAUUCAUGGGCAAUCAUUCUUAUGUUGUUUAUCCCCCGGAGGGACCAAGACCUCACUCACCAGAGGAGAUGAGGGAGAUGGCACGUGAACUAGCUCGCAAGAACAAUGUACGUUGAUUUUUCUUUUUUUCUUUGUUGGAGAGUGGCCAUGCCUAUAUUUCGAAUAAUUAUUAUGUACACAUGUAUUAUGAUGCAGCGGUAAAGGAGGUUUGAUUUGUGUAUUUCAAAUAAUGCAUAUGGUUUUUAUUUA